AAAGAAGAACGCUACUCGAAGUCUGCUGUUGCGCUCUAACCACUGUCUAUAUAAGUUGGUGUCUAUAUAUUUGAUAUGAAAUAUAUAAGUGUGUUAUUCGUUGUGUGCCUAGCUUGGCAAGUUUACCUGGCUAAUUGUGAUGGCUUUUGGGACUUAGAACUUCGUCCUAUCUAUGAACAGGCGGCGUCCACUGAAAAGAUUGUGGAUGCUGGGCCAGACUUUACCGAAAACUAUCCGACAAUUUUGGAUGCCAAAACUGACUUAAGUGAGACAGUUGAUGUUGGCGAGGUGAGGUGCAAAACGAAUGCCGAGAACGUGACGAAAUUGGAGCAGGAGGUACGUGCGUUUAGGUCAAAGAUUGUCGCCGAUGCUCGCAAAAUGCAGAAACUGAAGGAAAUUGUUGCCGUCUAUGAGGCACAGAUUGACAGCUACGUCGCCUCCCUGGCCGAGCAAACCGAGCAAAUUGGGUAUUUGAACAACACAAUCGCAUAUUACAAGAGCAGCUGCACCAGUAAGGACAGUCAGAUAACUGAGCUCCUGGUCAGAGCUGAGGCGGAUGCGUCGAGGCUGAAGCAAAAAGAAGAUCAAAUUGCAGAUUUCAAGGAAAAGCUCGUCAAAGCCGACGCAUCCAGCUGUCUGGCCUAUGGCAGCUCCACAGCCAUCCAGAUAUUGAAUUUGCCUGGGAUCAGUCCGUUCCUGGCGCCCUGCGAGUCGCGCCACAAUGGCAUAGGUUGGACGGUGAUUCAGCGGCGUCUCGAUGGCAGCGUCAACUUCAACAGGAAUUGGAAUGAUUACAAAAAUGGCUUUGGCAAUUUAGAUGGCGAAUUUUUCAUUGGCUUGGAAAAGCUGCACAGGAUGACAGCAGCUCAGCCACACGAAUUGUUGAUAUAUAUGGAGACAUUUGAUCUGACUGGUAGAGAUUAUAAAUUCUCACUAUUUGCUAUUGGAAGCGAAGAGGAAGAUUACAAGCUAACUGUAACGAAUUAUAAUAACGAUUAUUAUCAACAUCCAUUAAUAAGAGUUAACGGACAAAAAUUCAGUACAUACGAUCGUGAUAAUGACAAUUUUUGGCUGAAAAACUGCGCCCAAGAGCUUAAGAGCGGUUGGUGGUUCGACUCUUGUAGAAAUACUAUCGGGUGAGUAUGACCAACUUAU